AUGAGCAACCAUAAAAGCAAGGCUACGGCCGAGGUCGAAGACGUUGCCAGUAAGAUCGACAGUUUGAGCAUUACUGGCCGAAAGGGAGAAAGCCAACGUCGCAAGUCUCUCAACGAAGCCUUACGCAGUUUCAACGAAGCAGCUGUUGCUUUCUCAGAACAAGGAGCCAACAUCGCCAAGUUGCUUCGCGCUGACGAUGUAUUCAACAAGGAAUAUGUCGAGUCCAUCUACCUGGCACAAACCAGGGCUAUUGAGCUUGGCCGAGUUGCACGACUCUUAAACGACUCUGCAAUUCAUGCCGUUGUCAGACAAGUCAUUUCCUUAGGAGACAAAACGUUAUUCGGCGUAGCUGAACUCCUUCAACAUUUCAAGAAGCCUAUAAGGAACAUCGCACAGAGAGUCAUCGGGGAAUCGAAAAGUGAGGACAUCCUGUGGAAGAUUGCUGAGGAAUGUUAUCAUCAGGCUGCUAGUCCGACCGGCGAACUUAAUACUGAGGACUACCUUGCUAGCAGCAAAUGGAUAGAAAAGAAAGACAGAAAACAAGAUUGGAUCAAAUUCUGGAUUCGGCCACUCUGCAAGUGUCCCGGUGGCCCAACACUAUUCCAGUCUGAUGAGGAUUUCGUAUUCGAUGAUUCCGUUGAAAAGCCUCCCAAGCACAUGCCGCGAUACCUGUUCAGAGCAUACGACAAAAACAGUACGGGCCUCAACACCGACGCUAUGGUCGCUUCGGUACUUCAUCAGCGCGGUGAAGCGAAUCGUCACAAGAUCGACAUUUUUUCAAUGGACUCUCAAGAGGCUUCCGAAAUGCUGCAUCACCAUUUGCACAAGGGUCUCUACAAUACUCGGAAGACUAAUAACCUUGUUUCGUGGAGCAGUUCUCUCAUGUUUGUGAUACAGUAUGCCAAUUGGAGAUUUUGCAACCCGUGGUUUGGCCAGCCAGACGAUAUUCAUAUAUGUGCUGUAGCUACAUCGAAGUUUCCGCGCAGGCAGUUUGCAAGGGACAAAUGGUUACUCAACUCGUUCAAGAAUGGGGACUUUUCAGAUGAAGAGUCCGAUUUUCGUAAUCUUCGACUCAACCUAACGCAGUAUGAUAACGGAGAGUACCUUUCUCAGGGAAAACUUCUCAUUGAAGGGCGUUCUUGCACCUUAGUUUAA